AUGCCACACAAAAGCUCCAGACAGAGGUUUGUUCUACCAGGGAAGAUCCAGGCUCUGUGUGACACUGAGACUGAUGGGGGAGGCAGGAUAAUCACACAGAGACGCGUGCGAGGAGAUGUAGACUUCUAUAGAAGCUGGGAUGAUUACAAGAGAGGGUUUGGAACUCCAGAAACAGAUUUCUGGAUUGGAAAUGACAUUAUUUACGACCUCACUUCACAGGGUUACAACGAACUCCGUAUCGACUUUGUCUACAAAGAGACGGACUAUUUUGCUCAGUACACCAGCUUCAAUCUGGCCGAUGAGUCGUCUGAAUACCUCAUGACGAUUGGUGGAUAUUCCGGAAACGUCUACGACAGUAUGAGCUUUCAUAAUGGCUACAAAUUCACCACUUUUGACAGGGACAAUGACCUGAGCGGUGCAAACUGCGCCGUGGAUUUCCACGGGGCUUGGUGGUACAAUCAGUGUUACUUUGCAAAUCUGAACGGAGCUUGGGCAGUCGCAAACAACUCGGGUAUUUCUUGGCGUCCAUCAGGUAAUGUUUUCUGGAACAAUCUGACAUUUACAGAGAUGAAGAUCAGGCAUAUUUAG